AUGGAUCUCCGCGUGGGGAACAAGUACCGUAUCGGCCGCAAAAUCGGCAGCGGCUCGUUUGGCGACAUCUACCUGGGCACUAACAUCAUCUCGGGCGAGGAAAUCGCCAUCAAGCUUGAAUCCGUCAAGGCCAAGCACCCUCAGCUCGAAUAUGAGGCUCGUGUCUACAAAUCCCUCGCCGGCGGUGUCGGCAUUCCCUUCGUACGAUGGUUCGGAACAGAAUGUGACUACAACGCCAUGGUGCUUGACCUGCUCGGCCCUUCACUCGAAGACCUGUUCAACUUCUGCAACCGGAAGUUCUCGCUCAAGACCGUCCUCCUGCUCGCCGAUCAGCUCAUCUCCCGAAUCGAGUACAUCCACGCCAAGUCGUUCAUCCACCGCGACAUCAAGCCCGACAACUUCCUUAUGGGCAUCGGCAAGAGGGGCAACCAGGUCAAUGUCAUCGACUUUGGGCUGGCGAAGAAGUACAGGGACCCGAAGACGCACUUCCAUAUCCCGUACCGCGAGAACAAGAACUUGACCGGGACAGCGCGUUACGCCUCGAUCAACACGCACUUGGGUGUUGUUCCAGAGCAAUCCCGCCGCGACGACAUGGAGUCUCUCGGAUAUGUCAUGCUUUACUUCUGCCGUGGCUCUCUCCCAUGGCAAGGCCUUAAGGCGGCGACCAAGAAGCAGAAGUACGACCGCAUCAUGGAGAAGAAGAUGACCACACCCACCGAGGUGCUCUGCCGUGGCUUCCCGAACGAGUUUGCCAUCUACCUCAACUACACCCGCAGCCUCCGCUUCGACGACAAGCCGGACUACUCCUACCUGCGCAAAAUCUUCCGCGACCUCUUCGUGCGUGAGGGCUUCCAGUACGACUACGUGUUCGACUGGACUGUCUACAAGUACCAGAAGAACGCCCAAGCAAUCGCCCAGGCUCAGGGUGGCCAAGCUGCCGAGGAGCCAGAAGAAAAGUCCAACCGUCGCACCAACCAGGCUACUGGAGGCGGGACUGGCGCCAGUGGGUUGAACGACAAACGCCGCGGGCCCGUCAACCCCAGGACAGAGGGCACCGGAAUGUGA